AGGCUACGUCGCGUCGGUGUCGUAUCCGUGGCGUAUCCGUUGCAAAACCCACGGCAGUAAUCGAACAAUCGAACGUCAAGCUCGCGCGCGUGUCGCUCGUGUGUGUGUGUUUGUUUUAUUUUGGGGUGUCCCCAUCAUUCGCUAUCAAGCGAAAAGCGCUGCAAGCUAAAGCGAUCGUGGUGUCCUUUACUCGGCGGCUAAUAGUGUUGAUGCUGAGUGCUUCAGAAAAUUGUUUGUGAAUUAUGGUGAAGAGUCGAGCCAAUGCUCCGCUAUCUAGUGUUUAGUUUCAAGUGUUAGAGUGUUUGCGUUUUUGUUUGUUUCAUCGGAAAAGUUUGCGAAAAGGUAGCGGCUUUGAAUAGUAUUUCGCUGCGGAGUUGCUGAAGUCUCAAAGUGAAUCCCAUCUCCGUUGUGUGUGUGUAUGCGUCAGAUCGCACAGUGUGCUUGAAAGAAAAUUGAAGUUGAAAGUUGAAGAGCAUAGUAAAAGGUGCUGGAAAAAGGUUUCCCUUAAAAAAAAGUGUAGCUUAACCUGCUGUAUCAGUGAAGCAGACGCGUUCUGAUCGAGAACCUAAAGCAUCGUAGCAUCAGGUCCAGGAGUUCAACUGCAAUAACAUCAGCACGGCGUGAACACAAAUAAGGACAGAACCAUUGACAAGAAGCUCAUAAAGCCGCCCAACCAAAUCGGAUUAGAUUAGUCGAUGCUGUGCUGACGGUCGAAGAUGAGUUAACGGUGCGCCAAAGAUGAUACCGGGUGUGGGCGGAGUGCCACGAGUGCCGCGGUUUCUUGCGCUUCUGCUGCUGCUCCUAACGCUAGCGGAAGUGCUGACGGGCACCCUAGGCGACCCCGCUCCAUACAUAGGCAGCUCCUCCCCAGGCAGCAGCACGGCCACCAGUGACCGAACGAGAAGAAGAACGACAACCAGCAGUGACGGCGGCAACGAUGGCGAUAUCGAUGCGGUCGAUAGUGCAGCGAGCGCCUCUUUCUGGCGAACAAACGAUCAUGACGACGACGAGGGGGAUGCUGCAGUACCUUCUGCCUCACCUUCGACGCCACGAUCAGAGCGUUCGCUCACCAAACGCUACUCGGCUGCGGCGACGGCGACGGCGAUCGACGGCGGUGGUAGUCCAAAGUACAGCUUUCACUUUGCGCACGCCGUCUACAACGUCUCGAUACCGGAGAACAGCGUCAUCAAGACGUACGCGGUGCAGCCCCCGAACGAGGACCGGAUGGGCAUCUACGUGACGCCCGAGCUCGAGGUCAAGUACAAGAUCGUGUCGGGCGAUAAGGACAAGUUCUUCAAGGCGGAAGAGCGGCUGGUCGGUGACUUUGUCUUUCUCGCGAUCCGGUUGCGCACGAACAACAUCGUACUGAACCGGGAGAAGGGCGACAGCUACCGGCUGGAGGUGAAGGCAACCGGUACACGGCGUGAGGGCAAAAGCCGCGUCCAGCACGAAGCGGAUACGGUGAUCGAUGUCCGCGUGCUGGAUGCAAACGAUCUUAGUCCACUGUUCUAUCCGACCGAGUAUUCGGUGGCCAUUACCGAGGAUACACCACUCCACAAAAGUAUCCUGCACGUGGUGGCCGAAGAUGCGGAUCUGGGGCUGAACGGUGAGAUCUACUACAGCAUCCUGGAGGAGACGGAACAGUUUGCGGUGCAUCCGACGACCGGUGUUAUUACGCUCACGAGACCGCUCCGGUUUGCCGAACGGGCGCUGCACGAGCUGACGGUCGUGGCCAACGACCGGGGCAUCGGUUCGACGAGCCGGAAUCAGGCCAGCAAGGCGCGCGUCAAGAUAAAGGUGUUGCAGGUGAAUCUGUUUGCGCCGGAUAUUUUCGUACGGGCGCUGCCAGACAUCCUGGAGAACUCGAACACUAGCAUCUUCGGUAUCGUGCAGGUCCACGAUAAGGACAAGGGAGUACACGGUCAGAUCAAGAGCCUCGAAAUCGUCGGCGGUGAUCCGGAUGGCCAUUUCCGCAUCAAACCGACGGGCCGACCGGACGAGUACGUGAUCGAGGUACACCGACUGCUGGAUCGGGAGACGGCGCCGGCCGGCUAUAACCUUACGCUGCGUGCCAUCGAUCGGGGCAUCCCACCGAAGCAGAGCUACUACACCAAGGGUGUCCGGUUGGCCGACAUCAACGAUAAUGCACCCGUCUUCAAUCGGGAAAUCUACGAAGUGUCGGUCCCGGAAACGUCCCCAACCAAUACGCCCGUCAUCCGGCUCAAGGUGACGGAUCGGGACGAGGGCAAGAACGCGAAGGUAUUCCUCGAGAUCGUCGGUGGUAACGAGGGUAACGAGUUCCGGGUAAACCCCGAAACGGGUAUGCUCUACACGGCGGUACCGCUCGAUGCGGAACAGAAAGCCUUCUACACACUGACGGUGUCGGCGAUCGAUCAAGGGAAUCCCGGCACACGGAAGCAAUCGUCGGCGAAGGUGAAGAUCAACGUGCAGGACACCAACGAUAAUGAUCCCGUCUUCGAAACCUCCAACCUGACGAUCACGGUGAACGAAAACGAACCGGCCGGUACGAUCGUGACGAAGGUGACGGCCCGGGACAAGGAUCUCGGCGAGAACGCGUACAUCUCGUACAGUAUCGCGAACCUGAACGAUGUACCGUUCGAUAUCGAUCACUUUUCCGGCAGUGUUCGCACCUCGAAGCUGCUCGACUAUGAGAGUAUGCGCCGGGAGUAUGUGCUGCGUGUGCGUGCCUCCGACUGGGGACUACCAUAUCGGCGACAAACCGAGAUGCAGCUGGUGAUACGCCUUCACGACGUGAACGAUAAUCGGCCCCAGUUCGAGCGGAUCGAUUGUCUCGGUCGGAUCCCACGGUACACCCCGAUCGGUACCGAGAUCUUUACGUUAUCGGCGCUCGAUUUCGACUAUGGGAGUGUCGUGACGUACCGGUUACUGUCCGGGUAUGAGGAUGGAUGCUUUAACCUCGACUCCGUCACGGGCGUCAUCUCGGUCGGUUGCGAUCUGAACGAUGUCGGUAUGGAGCAGCGCGAGAUCAACGUAACGGCCACCGAUGGGACACACUUUGCCGAUACGGCCCGUAUCCAGAUCAAUCUGGUACGCAACAAGCGCAAUCUGGGUGCGAACCUAAAGGCAGAAGAUGGUGCUACGUUCGAGUGCCGGGAGACGGGUGUGGCGCAACGGUUGACCGAGCUGAUGGCGGCGGCCGAGCGGAACAAUAUGCCAGGAAGAGGUGAAAGUGCGACCAGUUCGGACGAUUUUGCCAUGAUGCCGAGCCGGUAUGGCGAGAAUGUGCACGCGCCCGAAUUCGUCGAUCUACCGCUCGAAGUGAAGAUCAACGAGUCGGUAUCACUGGGGACGACGAUCACGUGGAUACGGGCACGCGAUCGUGAUCUCGGUUACAACGGCAAGCUAGUGUUUGGCAUUUCGGGCGGUGACGAUGAUUCCGUGUUUCGGCUCGAUCCGGACAAUGGCGAGCUGAAGAUCAUCGGAUACCUCGAUCGGGAGCGACAGGAUGAGUAUCUGCUCAACAUUACCGUGUACGAUCUGGGCAAGCCGCAGAAAUCCAUCUCGAAGAUCCUACCCAUUACCGUGCUGGAUGAGAACGAUAAUGUGCCCCGGUUCGAGAAGUCACUGGCCAGUUUCCGCGUCACCGAGAACGCCCUCAAUGGGACGAUCAUCUUCCGGGUGAAUGCGACCGAUGCGGACCUUGGGUUGAACGCGAAGGUGACGUACAGUUUGGUGACGGAUACGAAGGACUUUCGGGUGGAUCCGGAAACGGGUGUACUGGCCGUGGUUGCACCGCUCGAUCGGGAACGGCAGGAGGUGUACGAGCUGAAGAUUCGGGCGACCGAUGGUGGUGGUGAUCAGAAUACGCCGGCCCUGUACUCCGAUGCGCUGGUGCGUGUAACGGUCGAUGAUAUCAACGAUAAUGCGCCAGUGUUUAGUGUGCAGGAUCUGACGGUCCGGAUACGGGAGGAUGUACCGAAGGGUACGGUCGUGACGGUUGUGUCCGCGAUCGAUCUCGACGUUGGCACGAGCGGUGAAAUACUGUACAGCUUCGGUGAGAAUGGUGAUGGUGAGGGUUCGUUCCGGAUCGAUAAGAGUUCCGGGACGAUCCGGACCGCUCGGAUGCUGGAUUUCGAAGAGCGUCAGGUGCAUAGUUUGAUCGUGAAAGCAAUCGAUCGUGGUACACCGUCGCUUUCGUCGGAAACGUCCGUUAUAGUGGAGGUGAUCGAUGUGAAUGAGAAUCGGUUCGCGCCGCAGUUCGAUGAUUACGUGUUGACGGGUGCGGUGGCUGAGAAUCGACCACCGGGAGCGCACGUAAUGCAGGUGGUGGCAAAGGAUGCGGACCCUCCCGGGCCCGACUCGCUCGUCAGCUACUCGAUCAAGGGUGGCGAUGGGCUCGGUAUCUUCGCGAUCGACAAUGAAGGAAUCAUACGAACGAUGGCCACACUGGACCUGGAGACGAAGGCGAGCUACUGGUUAACUGUCUGUGCCCAGGAUCAGGCCAGCGUACCGCUGCACUCCUGUGUGCAGGUGUACAUCGAGGUGGAAAACGAAAACGAUAACGUGCCACUAACGGAGCAAGCCGUCUACUAUCUGUCGGUGAAGGAGGGAAGUCCACCCGGCACGGAGGUGCUGCAGCUGGUGGCCGAGGAUAGGGAUAUCGAUCCGUUGCAGCAGAUCUCUUAUCGCAUUACGUCCGGUAAUCCGGUGGAACACUUUGUCAUCAACAGUACCAGCGGACUGAUAACAACAACCACCCGGAAGCUGGAUCGUGAAACGCAACCGGAGCACAUACUCGAGGUCCUGGUGAUGGACAACGGUGAGCCGCAACUCUCGUCGACGACGCGCGUCGUCGUGCAGGUCGAGGACAUUAACGACCAUCCGCCCGAAUUCGAGCAGAAAAUGUACAAGGUCCAGAUACCGGCCAACGCGCGUAUCGAUCAACCACUGUUCCAGGUACUGGCCACGGAUAAGGACAUCGGUGAGAAUGGGCGCGUCUCGUACUCGAUCAAACCGGG